AUCUCGUUAUUGUGCCUCCGAGAUGAAGGGAAUAAUAUUGCUGGUGUGUGCUGCGAUUAGUUAUGCGCGGGGAAGUGCCGUGGCGUGGCCUGGAGCCAUCCACUUAGGCGCAUCCGUUGUCAAAACUGUCAUCCCACCUCAAGUUAAAGGAUUUGCUUAUUCGACCAGCCAAUACAUUAAUUCUGCACCACCAUACCUUUCUUACCAGCCACAAAUCAGUUACCAAAUACCACAGUAUGGAGUUUAUCCUUCAUUUCCGAGUGUUCCAUCAUACCAACCAAUACUGCCACCUUCUUACUACCCAGGUUCCAGUGUCUUGAUACCAUCUCCAUCUCCAAACCCGAUCCAACCGCCCGCGGGAUUCCCUAGUGCGCCAUCCCCACCAUCAGCACCACAACAACCUCAAGGAUCACCAUUUCCACCUUCCCAAGACGCUGGAGAUGAAGAUACCGCAGUAAUUGACUCAGCAGAAUUCGGCCCUGGACGCCAACAAUCCUCGCAAUCAUCGCAGUCCUAUGAUACAAGGAACAUGCCUGAAUACCCACAAAUUCCUCAAUAUCAAAAUGGUCAACAGGCACAACAGGCACAACAGGCACAACAGGCACAACAGGCACCACAGGCCCCACAGAUCCCACAGGCCCCACAGCCACCACAGAUUCCACAGAUUCCGCAGAUUCCACAAAUUCCUCAAUAUCCUCAAUAUCCCCAAUUUCCUGGUUCUUCUGGAAUCGGUCAAUUCCCGCAAUUCCCUCAAAUCAGUCAGCCACAGCCCCCACAGUUCCAACCUAAUCAGCCUUUCGCACAGAACCCACAGAUUCCACAGUUCCAACCCAACCUUCCAUUCCAGCAGAAUCCUGCAUUCCCACCUUUCCAACAAUCACCUCAACAACAGCAACACCAACAACAGCAGCAACAACAGCAACUACAACAACAACAUCAACUACAACAACAACAUCAACUACAACAAGAACAGCAACUACAACAACAACAGCAGCAACAACAGCAACUACAACAACAACAGCAACUGCAACAGCAGCAACAAAGUGGUUUUCCAUCAUCGCCAAAUGGAAACCAAAACUUCAAUGACGAAGAUACGAUAUCUGUAGAAUCUGUCUAAUGCGCAUAGACGAGUAAUCCAUAAGAGGCUUUGUGUUGUAAUUGCUAUUGUUUUGAGACAUUAAAACUUAUUAAUGUUUCUAGGCUGUUCAAAUAAUGCAAUUGACAUUUGCCGCGUAUAUGGCCUGAAUUUUAAGUAGUAUUUUAAAUAAUGAUUCUAGUGCAGAAGAUUAGAAUCAAUCACGUCUCACUUAUGUAUAAGUAAUUGGCGAAUUAAAAUUUGCAUUUGCAGGUUAAUUCCCUUAAGUUUGAACUAUUUUAUACUUUUUUAUGUACUAAAGUCAAUAUGAUAAUGAAUGAAAAUCAUAAAUAUACUGAUAAAACGUUUAA